UUCACGAAGAUCAGAAUCCCCCAGCAUGUAUUUUUACAAACGUAGUACGUGCCUGAGCAGAAGAAAGUUCCAUUAUGCAAGUAGGAAAAUCUUUUCCUGAACUGUGAAAGGGCUAUGUGUUUUUCCUAAAAUAAAUCCUGCCCCUUUUCAUUCGUGUGAAGUCGUCCACGAGUCAGCUCCACCUCUCCCCCUGUGCCCCCGUCUUCCAUCGCUCUCUCUCCCACCCGCACGACUGUCUAGCUGGCAAUUCACUGCCGUUACAGCCCGUUAUCUCUGCUGCUCAUUAGACGCUUUUCUUUGCUUCGUGCAAGGUCUGGGUUCUGCAGCAGGUACUCAAGUCUUUUCUGAAUGCUUUUCUGGUUCUGUGCAUAAAUAUAAACUGCAUGAAACUGUGUGCCAAGACUGUGGAGAGACCGCUUAACUUGAGAGCCGCACAUGGAGCUGUGUCAGUGGUGGCGACACAUUGUUGUCUUCCUACUUCAUGCUUGGAUUCCAUCAUGCUUUGCCCAAACCACACCGCCAGUGCGCUCGAGCCCCACACCGACCCCUCAGACAGCAGAAGGCCCGGAGACACUGAAGUUCCGUCUGUCUGGCUUCCCCAGGAAACACAAUGAGGGCCGAAUUGAAGUGUUUUAUAAAGGCGAAUGGGGAACCAUCUGUGAUGAUGACUUCUCGCUGGCCAAUGCCCAUGUCCUCUGUCGCCAGCUGGGCUUCGUGUCUGCCACGGGCUGGACUCACAGCGCCAAGUAUGGCAAGGGCACAGGUAAGAUUUGGCUUGACAAUGUGCAGUGCAGUGGCAGUGAGAGGAGCGUGUCAGUGUGUAAAUCUCGUGGCUGGGGUAACAGUGACUGCACUCAUGAUGAGGACGCUGGAGUGAUCUGUAAAGAUGAGAGACUGCUGGGAUACGUGGACUCCAAUGUUAUAGAGGUGCAGGUAGAUGAGAAUAAAGUAGAGGAGGUGCGUUUGCGUCCUGUGUUCACCAUAGCGACUAAGCGGAUGCCUGUCACUGAGGGGGUGGUGGAAGUCAAGAAUAAAGACGGAUGGGCUCAGAUCUGUGAUAAUGGCUGGACACCCAAAAAUUCACAUGUGGUUUGCGGCAUGAUGGGAUUCCCCCACGAGAAGAAGGUCAACAAGAACUUCUACAAGCAUCUCAGAAAGAGAUCUGCUGAGCCAAAAUCUAAAGUUAAAGUAACAGCGGCCAGGCAGGAGCCCAAAGCUAAGGCUAUCACUAAAACUAGCACUAAGCCUAAACCGGGCAAAUCAGCUGCAGCUAAAAGGCUGUAUGCUGAACGGCAGAAGAAUCACUUCCUGGUUCAUUCAGUGGCAUGCUCAGGCACAGAAGUACACUUGGCUGCAUGUCCUCUGGAGUUUAACUAUGGCAAUGCCACAGAGUCGUGUCCUGGAGGAAUGCCUGCUGUGGUCAGCUGUGUGCCCGGUCCACUGUACGCACAGAGCACUGCCAUGAGGAAGAAACUCAAGAUGCCGUCUACUAUACGGCUGAAGGGUGGAGCGAAAUAUGGUGAGGGCCGUGUCGAGGUGUUGAAGGGCAGUGAAUGGGGGACGAUUUGUGAUGAUCGCUGGAACCUGCUCUCUGCCAACGUCGUAUGCAGAGAACUGGGCUUCGGCUCUGCCAAAGAAGCCCUCACGGGUGCCCGCAUGGGACAAGGGCUGGGGCCUAUCCAUAUGAAUGAGGUGCAGUGCACAGGUCAUGAGCGCUCCCUGUGGAACUGCCGCUAUAAAAACAUCACAGCGGAGGACUGCAAACACACUGAAGAUGCUUCAGUUCGCUGUAAUGUUCCAUAUAUGGGCUAUGAGAAAACGGUGCGCAUCUUAGGGGGCCGAACUCGCUACGAGGGCCGUGUGGAGGUGUUAUAUACUGAGACUAACGGGACGCUGCGCUGGGGCCUGAUCUGUGGAGAAGGCUGGGGAACUGAGGAGGCCAUGGUUGUGUGCAGGCAGCUGGGCCUCGGGUACGCCAACCAUGGCCUACAAGUGCGUCUGUCAGGUGGGCGCUCGCAGUAUGAAGGGCGAGUGGAGGUGCGGGUGGGGCAGCGGUGGGGCAGUGUAUGCAGUGAGGGCUGGACCACCAAAGAGGCCAUGGUGGCAUGCAGGCAGCUAGGGCUGGGGUUCAGCAUGCAUGCUAUUACAGAAACAUGGUAUUGGGACAGCAGUAAUGUGACAGAGAUGGUUAUGAGUGGAGUGAAAUGUACAGGAGAUGAGAUGUCUCUCAACCAGUGCCAACACCACAGAACGAUCAGCUGCCAGAAAGCAGCAGCACGGUUCUCUGCAGGAGUUAUCUGCUCAGAAACUGCAUCUGAUCUAGUGCUGAACGCACCGCUAGUGCAGCAGACGACGUAUAUAGAGGACCGGCCGUUACACAUGCUGUACUGUGCAGCAGAGGAGGACUGUCUGUCCAAGAGCGCCGCUAAAGCUAACUGGCCUUACGGUCACCGCCGCCUGCUCCGCUUCUCCUCACAGAUACACAACAUCGGACGGGCUGACUUUAGACCUAAAGCAGGCCGUCACUCGUGGGUCUGGCACGCAUGUCACGGGCAUUAUCAUAGUAUGGACAUCUUCACACACUAUGACCUGAUGUCUGCCAAUGGCACUAAAGUGGCAGAAGGACACAAAGCCAGCUUCUGCCUGGAGGACACAGAUUGUGACGAGGGUGUUUCCAAGAGAUAUGAGUGUGCUAACUUUGGUGAGCAGGGCAUCACAGUGGGAUGCUGGGAUUUGUAUCGUCAUGACAUUGAUUGCCAGUGGAUCGAUAUUACUGAUGUCAAACCAGGAAAUUAUAUCCUUCAGGUUGUGAUAAAUCCUAACUAUGAGGUUGCUGAGAGUGACUUCACAAACAAUGCCAUGAAAUGUAACUGCAAAUAUGAUGGGCACAGGAUCUGGGUCCAUAACUGCCAUAUUGGUGAUGCUUUCAGUGAGGAGGCUGAGAAGAAGUUUGAGAAAUACCCUGGACAACUUAACAACCAGAUCUCAUAAUCCUAUCACCAGAUUGAUCUAAUUAGCAUAUUGAGACAAUUUUAAUGUGUAGGUUAAUCCAGAGUAAAAUAUUUAUUCAUUCAAACCAGCCAUAAACUAAUUAACUUCUCACAUUGCAAUUACAGAAAUCCUAAAAUCUACAGUAUCCAAAGUUUUUACACCAAGAGUAUAGCUGUAUUGACAUUACCUAUAAUUUUGUAUGAAAACAGAACUCCAAAAAACACUCUGGGCUACUGAGUCUGGCUUGAGUAGUGUGAAGAUUAGAUUGCUCAGGCCGUGCAGUAGUACAGCCUGCCGUAUGUGUUUACAGUGCAAUCAGGUGCUUAUUUUCUGAAAGGUUUAAAAAGCCUUGUCGAUGUAUCACACAGCUCGUGUGCUGCUGUCUCUGUGAGUUAAACAUACUUGAAUGUUUUGUACUCCAGAUGAGCAUUCAUGUUUAAAAGCUGUUGCAAAGUGUGAAUGUACCUUAUGCUUCAAAGCUCUGACUCAACUCCUAUUUUAUUUUCAAACGCUCUUUCAUGUAUGACUUGUUAAAUCUUCAGUGCUGUGUUUUUACACGCUGUCCUAGAUUUGUCUUUUUACUGAACUGGUUAUGCAUUCAUGUGUUCAGCUACAGUAAAAUAUUUCAUGUCACAUGCAACUCUGUUAAAGAUGAAAAAUAAAGUGUUAUUUAAAGUUGUAA